AUGCCACGGCGCGGUCUGGCGGACCUCGUGUCGAAAUUCGAGAUGCUUGACAAGGCGAAUGAUUCUCAUCGUAGGAAUCCCAGCGUUUCGCGUCAGCCAAUAGGCUUGACGGCCAGCAAGACUAUGUCAUCUCUGGCUGCACUGCAGAAUAAUCGACGACAUCACGAGAACAGUCCCCUGAAAAGAGAUGGCAGCUCUGAUCUUCCUCUUACGUUGUCAUCUGUGGCAGCUGCCCCAAGGCGAACCGACACCCUGCCAAUGAAACCAGUUGCCACUCUGUCCAACGAAACAACUCAUAAAGGUCGCCUUUCAGCAACUAUAGCAGAAAAGAGAAGGCUUUUCGAGGCUGAGGUACCGUUUUUGAAGGAGCUUUCAGGUUCACGAAUGCCAAACACAAAAUCACCUAAGACGGCAACUGCGAUGUUCCUGCAAGAGGAAAAUUCAGACAAGAAGCUUUCUUCGUCACACUCUUGUACAACUAUGUACACAGUCCCGAAGACAGAACCGAAUUUUGGUGUUUGCUCAUUGCAGCACUCUCACUCGCAGCGUCAUGACAAGACACAAAACCCUUCUAUUUAUUCUGUCCCGGCCUCGAGCUUCGUGUUGAGGGUUCAUCGCGAGGCCGAUGCGCACAACUCCAUGCGGGACAAGGAAUCACGACGGUUCCCCAGAGUUGAUGUGUCUCGGCAAUCACCUUUGCGAGCAUCCCAGGUUUCUUCAACCGGGUCACCAAUGAAAUCACCUUGCAAGCCGGAAAUGAAGACCGUCGGCACAGGGUCUAGAGACACGUCUCCUUUUUCUUCCCCCAGAAAGUCAAUGGCCCGUCCCCCUUCAUCGGGUCCGCCACUUGCCUCACCUGUGGAGAUGAAGAGGCAUUCAGCAAGCAGCAUCACACCAAAUGCCUCGGUAGAAUCUGUCAACUCCAUAAUCAUUGCGAAGAGGGGUCGGUCCGUCCCGCAACUCGCAAAGAACUGGUCGCCACAGCGCAUUGUCACGCCACAGAAACCGACAAUGCCACAAAAUGCAUCCCCGGUAGAGCAGGCCGAGGGUCAUGGUACAUUUGUGAAGCCUAAGAAAUCUAACAUUUUUCGAGACGCACUCGGAUUCUUUGAGUCCAUGAGCCACAAACGUCCUUCGCACCCAGUCGCUGCCCGCGAGGCAAUCAAAGGGUCAUCAGACGAGAUUCGCUCAAUCACAAAGCCGCACAGCAAAAGAGAAAAAGUCAAAGGAUCUUUGCGUCAACUUUCAUCGUCUUGGAGAUUCAAGCGGGCAUCGGCCGUAGGAGAGCAGGAGGCACUUCUAGAAUAUCCAGCCAUGUGGAAACUUGGCUCCAUCGAGGCUGCACCACGCAAAAGACUGCACGCAGAAUGGUGUGAUGUCUCGGCAGAUCACAGACGGCCAUUAGGGACCUUCAAGGCUGGCGAAAUCAGCUUGCUUGACCCUUAUCUAUCUAGCCACGCAAAAUCACGCCGCGGUGAGGAGGAUUCGCAUCAUCACAUUGACAUUCUUCUGCAGCAAUCAUCUUUGCAUGGUAACUUCUGCGGCACUACGGAAUCAGACUACAGUGAGAUUAAUGGAGAGCCAGACUGCUCACCGUCACCUGUGCAGGAGUCUCCAGAACCAUCGAAGCCGCGGAGUCGCUCAUCCCGACGUUGGUUUUCGCGCAGCUCGGGGGCCUUGGUAUCGCAAGCGCACUGUCGACUGGAGCAGCCUAGGCCAGUACAUGGCAUGGAAAUGAAGAGACUAAUGAGUCUGUGCAAAAUCCAGGGAACCGUCAAAAGGCGCGGGCAUAGCGAGUAA